CUUACAGCAGACACACACCAUAUUACACCAGACUAGAAAACACCACCGGUCACUUCUGCGGUUACGAAACUCAACGGCUAUGGCGGCUCGUUUCGUAAAUUCUUACACGCCCACUGCACUGUUAUCUAAAAACUCAGGAGGACUCCAACGUCAUUGCGGUCGUGAGGGCACCCUAACCUUUUGCUGGGGACUUGAACUUGUCACAUAAAGACAUGUGGAUUCCAUUGUUGGGUUUUACUGCCCUACCACAUGUUGGUGGGAUCUAUGGAGGUUUCAUCACAAGAAAAGAGGUGAAGACCUGGUAUGUUUCGCUUAACAAGCCGUCAUGGAGGCCACCUAAUGCUGCUUUUCCAGUGGUGUGGACAACUCUCUACACUGGAAUGGGGUAUGGUUCAUACCUGGUGUGGAAGGAGUUGGGGGGCUUCACAGAGGAUACUCUGGUCCCACUGGGGCUUUAUGGCCUGCAGCUGGCACUGAAUUGGGCCUGGACCCCCAUCUUUUUUGGGGCCCACAAGAUCAAACUGGCCCUCAUAGAGCUGGUUAUGCUUACGGGUACAGUGGCAGCCACCAUGGUGUCCUGGUACCCAGUGAGCCGCACUGCUACACUGCUCAUGGCUCCUUAUCUAGCCUGGCUCUUUUUGGCAACCUCCCUCAACUACUGUAUCUGGAGGGACAACCCCGAGACUAAAAAAGACUAGAGUGGACAAAAAGGACACAAAUAGCAUACACAAUUAAGAGGCUAUAACUACACAAAUGAUGCCAGAAAUCUGCCUUUGAUCAUAUCCAAGUGCAUAUUCAUGUGAGAUUAUCUGCUUAGCAACUGACAUUUAAUAAGUGUGAAAAUUAGCUAUUUUGUACUAUGGUUUUGCAUGCUUCUGUGCUCAUUUUGUAUCAAAAUAACAUUUUAAUGACACUAUGUAAUUCUUCUCAAUAAAAAUCUAUUAAACCUCAAUGUAA